UUUUAAGAUUAAAUCGUUUUUGUCUUUGAUAUUAAUUAGUUAUUUGACAAUUAGCGAGGGAUCUGAUAAUCCGAACAUCUUAAAGAGCCAUUCGUUUUCUGAAUGGCAAUCAUUGAAAGGACUAAAAUAGAAUAUUGCACUGUAUCUGAUAGUUUGAGUUUUAAUUGAGUACUGUUUAGUGCCGUCAGCUGAUGUGCCGAUAAAGCUCAUUGAGGAACCGUUUAAUUUACUGAAUUAAUCUUUCCAAGUUGUGUAAUAUAUUAAAGUUUUAAAUUUAGAUCCAUAAACCUGAUUUUGAAGAUUAUAUAACAGCCAGUGGGCUCUGAUUUACGUUUUUAGGUACUCCGGCCUACAUUUUCUGGAAAGUAACAGGUGCAGAUUUUUAUGACUUACUCGAGAUCCAUUUGUUCCAUCUCAUUGGAUUUUCAUUUAAUUCCCUUCCAUCCCCUCUGCCAACAGUUUGCACACGUUCCUAUUAUAAUCAUACCUUUUCCUGACAGUUCUUACACGGAUAAGAAACGCUUUUUUCUAUGUUUCAUCACGGCCAUUGCCAAAUAUUUUGUUGGCAAGGUUAUCUCAUGGAUUCAUUAUCUACGACCACUUCCUGCUCCCAGACGCAUCUUUCACUAUCUGAUGGCCUUUCUACAAUCGAUAUUAUUAUUAUUAAUUUCCUUCGCUUCUAUCGUAUUUAUUGUUUACCACAAAACUGCCUUUUACGAUUUCAUCGGCCUUCAGGAUAGAGAAAGUUUACGUAAAAAUAAAAAGCGCCAUUCGAUCGGUCCUUGUCGUACCUCCGACGCCUUUCUCGUCUCUUCUCUUCCUUCUGACAACAUCGCUAAACACACUUGCGAUGGAAAGGACAACGCUUCUGAUACGCUCAUAUUCGCCGGAGAAUAUACUAAAGCCAUGUCCAAAGAUUGGCAUAGUACUCAUUUCUGCUGUUGGCAAUGCGACGAAACGUUGACUGGUCAGAGAUACGUUCUGAGAGACGAACACCCCUAUUGCGUCCGAUGUUACGAACAGGUGUUUUCCAACACCUGCGACGAAUGUGGGAAACCCAUUGGUAUCGACUCCAAGGACCUUUCCUACAAAGAGAAGCAUUGGCACGAAUCGUGCUUCUUGUGCAACAAAUGCCAAAUGUCAUUAGUUGACAAGCCUUUUGGUUCAAAGUCCGAAAAAGUAUAUUGUGCCAAUUGUUAUGAUAAUUCAUUCGCUAGUAGAUGUGAUGCUUGUAAUGAGGUCUUUCGAGCAGGAACCAAAAAGAUGGAAUAUAAAGGAAAACAAUGGCACGAGAAGUGUUUUUGUUGCAUCGAAUGCAACAAUCCAAUUGGCACCAAAAGUUUUAUUCCUCGCGACAGCGAUAUUUUCUGUACCACUUGUUACGAGCAAAAAUUCUCAACUCGGUGUGUUAAGUGCAAUCAAAUUAUCACAACCGGUGGCGUAACGUACCGAAACGAACCAUGGCACAGAGAAUGUUUCUGUUGCACAAAUUGUGAAAUGUGUCUUGCUGGACAGCGGUUUACAUCUCGUGAUGAAAAACCUUACUGUGCAGAAUGUUUUGGUGAAUUGUUUGCUAAAAGAUGCAAUGCAUGCAAUAAACCUAUUACAGGUAUUGGUGGAACCCGUUUUAUAUCUUUCGAAGAUCGCAACUGGCAUAACGAUUGCUUCCUAUGUGCCUCCUGUAAUUUAUCCCUCGUUGGAAAAGGUUUUAUCACGGAUGGUUCAGACAUAUUAUGCCCCGAUUGCGCCAAACAAAAAUUGAUGUAAAACAAAUCCAAGUAUUUUUAGCAUUCUGAAACGAUAAACCUUGGUGCUAUAUACAAAAAAAAGGCUUUUUAUAUCCAAUCGGCCACUUAAAAAAUUGAAAUAGCAACUUUUUUGCUCAACUUUUAGUGCUCUGGACAUAUAACGCUUUGAUUCUGACUUCAUAGUUUAUAAAUAUUUCGAGUUAUUUGAAAAAUUACUCGAAAAUUGUUAUAUUUUAAUCCAUAAUUUAUACUAUAUUUUGGGAACAAAAGAUAUACUGCCACAUAUAUAUUUGUUAAAUUUUUGGUGGAAAAUAAGACUACCCCACGGAUUAAUAAUAAUGAUUACAUACAAUCAUAUUCUUGUUCCUGCAGUCUAGACUCUUAGUCAGUUAUUGGUGAAUCAGUUCUAGGUUUCUGUUGUUAAAGUUAUUUUUGCUGGAAAUUAAAGAAAAAUAAUUGUUCUCGAA